CGUGACGCAAGCGGAUCCCACGUCACUGCUGACGCGCUCUUAUCUCCCCCAUUCCUCUUUUCCCCGUAACAACCAUCGACGUGCCCAUUAAUUGCACCGACGACUCUCUACCAGAUUCCCCAACACGCGGUGGUCCGCGUCGUAAAUAAUGGUAAGUUUAGGGGUUAUCGGUUCCGUCUCCGGAAAGGUGGCAGGACCGUAAAAUUUCGACGGCACUCACGAACCUGCGCGUGGGUCCCACGGACGACGAGGUCUGACGGUCAACGUCACGAUUCUCCUCCUAAAUAGGUUUAAAGGGGGAGAUAAACUAUGAACCCUACCGCUCCGACACGAAACGCCGUCACCCGACGCGGACGAUUGAAGGACACGUGGCCGACGGACGCGCCUAUUAAACCCCCCAUACCAACUAUCCGAGUUCUUUGAGAAGCCCGUCGAGAGCCCGACGGGAGAGAGAUCGAGCGGACGAUGAGCAUGGCGGAGAAUUGCUCGGUGCUCGAUCCGUGGAUGCACCGAACGGAGUCGGCGUGGAUCAACGAGGCCUUCGCCCGCGACAACGAGGCCCUCACGCGAGCCCUCCAGAUCUCCCUCUCCGACACCUCCUCCUCAGCUUCCCACGACACCCUCUCCUCCGUCGCCGCCACCACCUCCACCUCCCGCACCCCCGUCCUUCCCCCUCGAUACCAAGUCACUUCCCCUCUCGGAGACGUCGCCGCCCUCCGCGGCCGGAACCCGCUGGCGCCCACCCCGGCGGGGAGGAUCUCGAAGCGGAGGUUGCGCCCGUCUAAGCGAGCGCCCACCACCUACAUCAACGCUGACCCGGCCCACUUCCGGGAGAUGGUGCAGCGGGUCACCGGCGUCCGGCUGGACGGGGAUCUGGCCGAGCCGCUGGUGAAGCCAGAGCCGGUGCGGCCGGCGGUGGUGGGCGCCCGCGCGGUCCUGCAGCAGACCCACCUGCCCACGCUCGACACCUCGGCGUUCUUGCUGGACCGGGACGAGGGCAGCUCGUUCGGGCCGGCUGCCGACGUGCCGGCUUCUGACUUCGACGGGCUGCUCCCGACCCUUUCGUCCCUCGACUCGUGGGGCGUCAUGUAAAGGACGCUCCUUUGUCGAUGCUACUGUUGGGUUCUCAUCCUUUCAUUUCAUCAAACACUUGGUGGAAGCGAGGCCUAACGAACACAGUUUCCUGUUCUAACUUCCAUGAUAUCUUCCAUGCAAUUGCAUCUUGAAGGUAGCAUAUGAUAUGACCACCAAAGAGCAUAAAAAAUUGCAAGGCAAAGAUCUCACAUUACUUUAUAUCUCAAGAAAAAGAGUUUGGGAUGGAAGAUUUCUUAAUGGAAGCUCAAAAAUUCCUUUC